AUGUCGCUAGGAGGGUGCUGGGCGGGUGGGAUGUGGGUCCCCGAGGCUGCUUCGAAACGCGUACGAGGUCUGCCGGUUGAGGCGGAUCCGUCAGACUCUGCUGUGCGGAGAAGGGUGAAAGCGAAAGGCGUGCAGCUGCACUGUGAUGUCGGUCAAGACUUGGACUAA